AUUCAUUGGAUUUUUCAGAUUUGUCUCGUUCGGGUUCAGUCUGUACAUGCCUUGUCUGUUGAAGGGGAUUUUACAUUAUUUAAUGUUUUUCACUCCAAUUGAUAGAAUUUGAGCCGGCAUUACGACUUUCCAGGAGCUGCUGAUUGUGAUUGGUGUGGCAGCUGAUCACAUCAGUCAUUUAGCAUGAGCGGGAUUCCGGACAAGUCAUGGCAACCGCCCACUGUCAAGAUGCAAACCACGAUGGGGGAAAUCGUGAUAGAGCUGUAUUGGGAACACGCGCCAAACACAUGUCGAAACUUUGCGGAGCUGUCAAGAAGGGGAUAUUAUAAUGGUUGCAAGUUUCAUCGGAUCAUCAAGGAUUUCAUGAUCCAAGGUGGAGAUCCCACGAGCACGGGCCGAGGCGGCGCUUCGAUUUACGGCAACUCGUUCAAGGAUGAGAUAUCCCCGGAGCUGAAGCACACGGGCGCCGGCAUAUUGUCCAUGGCGAACUCGGGCCCCGACACCAACGGAAGUCAGUUCUUCAUCACACUGGCGCCCACGCAGUGGCUGGAUGGAAAACACGCCAUCUUUGGCCGCGUUCAGUCCGGCAUGGACGUGGUGAAGCGGAUGGGGAUGGUGGAGACCGACUCCGGCGACCGGCCCGUCGACGACGUCCGGAUCAACCGGGCAGAAGUGAAGGCGUGGUAGUGUCCGCUGCUCACCCUGAAUCGCACCUCAUCGGCCGAUAACACUGGCAUUGUUCACAUACAUGGUUCAUAAAUACAUUACAUAUAUUGGACUUUU